UCGCCUUUGCUGGGACUCAGCCGGAACUAAUUUUCCUCGUUUCUCUGCUCUCUUGUACUUUGACGGAAGGAUUUGAGUGUGGCCCUCGAUGGUCCCAGUACUCAACUUCCCCUCGGUGCGUAAGUUCAUCCUCAACAACGUUUAGCGGUCGUUGGUGAGUGGGACAUGCGUGGCUGAAGGUAUUGCGUUUUUCACCAGAACCUCGAAAGAGCACUGUCAUCACACAUGGCAGGGAUUUUGCGCUCAGUAUUCCAGAGACCCCCAGGCAGACUACAGACUGUGACAAAAGGUGUGGAGUCUCUGAUUUGUACAGAUUGGAUUCGUCACAAAUUUACCAAGUCAAGAAUUCCAGAUAAAGUGUUUCAGCCUUCACCUGAAGAUCAUGAAAAAUAUGGUGGGGAUCCACAGCACCCUCAUAAACUGCAUGUUGUUACCAGGAUAAAAAGUACAAAAAGACGUCCAUAUUGGGAAAAAGAUGUAAUAAAGAUGCUCGGAUUAGAAAAAGCACAUACUCCUCAAGUGCAUAAGAAUAUCCCUUCAGUGAAUGCAAAACUGAAAGUAGUUAAGCAUUUAAUAAGGAUCAAGCCCCUCAAGUUGCCACAAGGACUUCCAGCAGAGGAGGACAUGGCUAACACAUGCCUCAAGAGCACUGGGGAAUUAGUAGUGGGCUGGCAACUAAACCCUCUGGGCCACAAGGCAAUCAAGUCCUAAUGCCACAGCAGUUUCAGAUUAAAAACUGCAAAUCAUUUUAAUUUAAAUAUAUGAAAAAGUGUUUUCAUUAAAAUAUAUUUUAAAUAGUAGUCAUUUUCACUGACUAACCAUGAUGUGAUUCUUCCUUACUAUCUAGGUUUUAGUGCUAUUUUUUGGUUUAAUUCUUACCCUCCCUCCCUAAUAGUUUCACUGCAACAUGGAUAAGAAUGACAUUGUUUGAACAUCUAGAGUCAGAGGUCAUCUUCACAAUCAUCAACAACUUUUUUAAAAUAAUAUUUUCUCAU